UCAUUCGUUUUUUGCUAUGGAAAACGAGCAGAAAAAUUUAGUCGUUUGUGAGCUGUCGAAAACGAAGUAUCUCUCUGAAAAAUAUGAAGUAUAUCUGGAAUUAUUAUUAUAGUAUUACCAAAAAAAUGCUAUUAUUCGCUGGACAAUGGCCUUAUCAAAAGAAAAGAGAGAAAUUGCUUCGAACAAUUCUAUUGAUUACGACCGAACUUUCUGUGAUGAUUACACAGAUUAAAUAUCUCACUGAUCAAUUAUAUUUCGACUGGAAAACUUUGGAAAACCCGGAAGAAUACGAAAUUAUGAAAACGUAUGCAGCAAAAGCCAGAUUGAUUUCUUUGACUUACGCCUUAUAUUACCUCAUAUGUUGUCCUCUGUUUAUAUUUACUAGCCUUAUACCAAAGAUAUUAGAUAUCGUGGUGCCCCUUAACGAAUCUCGUCCUAUAAUAAUGCCUCACGAAUGUCACUAUUUCGUUAGCGACGAUACAGAAUACUUCUAUUAUAUUUUUCUCCAUGCCUUUAUAUCUAUGAUAAUACUUGUAAUCCCUUUACUUGCACACGAUUGCAUGAUUCUGACCUAUAUCGAACAUGUCUGCGGUAUUUUUGCUGUAGCUGGAUUUCGUUUCAAAAAUUUGGCACAUAAUACUGGCAUAGAGAAUAAUAAUAUAGAAAAUGUUUACGAUAAAAAAAUAGUAUCAUCAGUUCAUACACAUUGGCGAGCUUUAGAAUUCGCGGAGUUUCUUGAAAAUACCUUCUCUGUAACUUUAAUUAUACAAAUGUUAAUAGUUAUCAUAGCAAUGAGUCUCACCUUAUUUCAAAUGGCAAUACAAUUAGAAGAUCCUAUAGAAACGAUGAGGAAUACUGCAUUUGUUGUUGGUCAAUUGAUUCAUAUAUUCUGCUUCAGUCUGCAAGGCCAGAAAUUGAUAGACCACAGUUUACAAAUGCAAGAUAAAAUAUAUAACUGCUCCUGGUACAAAAUACCAGUAAAAUCACAAAGGUUACUUCUAAACGUAAUGAGGAGAAGUCUGCAACCCAAUAUUUUAAGCGCUGGCGGAAUUUAUAUUUUUUCUCUAAAGAGCUUUAUGUCGGUUUUACAGUCUGCAGUAUCGUAUUUUACUGUACUCGCCUCUUUCCAGUAACCGAUAUUUAGUAAGAUAGUAUUUCUUGUACAAAACAUAAUAAAGUUAAGGUAAUAGAUUGAA